AUGGAUUGGCUGACGACGGCUCUCGAUCUGCUGGUCGAAACACCGUACAUCGAGAUCAUGUUCCGCGAUGCACCGAAGAAGCGCAUCAAGCGCAACCUGUCGCUGAACUGUGACGAGAAUACGAACGAGACGCGGUGCUGCCGGUACCCGCUGAAGGUGGACUUUGAAAAGUUCGGCUGGGACUGGAUCAUCGCACCGAAGAGCUACGAUGCGUGGUACUGUGCCGGUGAGUGCAUGAUCAGCUUCCUGCCGAAGUACGAGCACACGCACGUGAUGCAGCUCAGCACGUCCGCCAUACCGUGCUGUUCGCCGAAGAAGAUGAGCUCGAUCCAGCUGCUGUACUUCGACAUGAGCUUCAACGUGAUCUACAGCACCAUCCCGAACAUGGUGGUGGAAAAGUGCAGCUGCUCCUGA